AUGGAGCUCGGACUUCUGUCAUGGAUAGUUUUGACAGGAGUUGCCCUACCGGGAAAUACAUCACCGAUGCCUGACCAGUACACAAGAGGGGUGGAUUGGUUGAGCAGGUAUGGCUACCUCCCUCCCCCUGACCCUCACACGGGCAAACUGCAGACCAAGGAGGGAAUUGAACGGGCCAUCCGGGUCAUGCAGCGUUUUGGGGGUAUCAGGGAAACAGGAGUGCUCGACAGCGAAACUUUGAAGCUCAUGUCCACCCCGCGUUGCUCCUUGCCUGAUAUCGUUGGGAGUGAAGACAUGCUGAGGAGGAGGAGGAGGAGGAAGAGGUAUUCUCUAACAGGCCUUCAAUGGGAGAAGACGGAUCUUACGUGGAGCGUCCACAGCUACCCGUCCGAGUCUCUGUCCAGCUCACUAAAUCCCAGCACAGUGGACAGUCUCCUGGCACACGCCUUCAAAGCCUGGAGCGACGUCUCCCCCCUCCACUUCCAACGGCUCCAGAGUGACAGCGAGGGGGACAUCCUAGUGUCUUUCACUCGCUCACUGCAUGAUGACGGGUAUCCUUUUGACGGGCGAGGGGGCACCCUGGCACACGCUUUCUUUCCAAGCAGGGCCCAGAUUGCCGGGGACACUCACUUUGAUGAUGAUGAGAUCUGGAGUUAUGGAGGUGAAGGCAGCAGCACAGAUCUGUUCACGGUUGCAGUGCAUGAGUUCGGCCAUGCUCUCGGACUCUCUCAUUCAUCCUCCGACCCAUCCAUCAUGAAGCCCUACUACCAGGGCCCAGUCGGAGACAUUGCGAAUUACCGCCUUCCCCAGGAUGACAGACAGGCCAUUCAGCAGCUCUACGGUGUAAAGGAGGGCAGACCAUCGCCCCCUGUUGGUGACCCUGACCUACCUCACCUCCCAAGUCCUGCUCCUCCCAGACCAACACCACAUGCUGACCCCUCCUUCCUGGAUCGCUGUGAGGGGGGCUUUGAUGCCGUGGCCAAUAUAAGGGGAGAAGUCUUCUUUUUUAAGGGAGUGUAUUUCUGGAGGACGAAGCGAGAUGGCUCUUUGAUUUCACUCCAUCCGGCCCUCAUUAAAAACUUCUGGAUCGGCCUCCCACCAGGAACCAAUAAGAUCGAUGCAGUAUAUGAGAGGAAGAGCGACAGCUGCAUCAUCUUCUUCAUUGGGUCUCAGUACUGGGUGUUUAAGGACACCGUGGCCAUGGAGGGCUACCCCCGGCCGCUGGCUGACUGGGGCUUGCAGACCGGCGGAGGGAAGCCGGUGGACAGGGUGGACGCUGCUUUCAUCUGGGCUCACAACGGCAAGCUCUACCUGUUCAGCGGGGGAAAGUUCUGGAGGUUUGACGAUAGCCAGGCGGGCAAGCAGGUGCCCAAGCAACCGGAAGCGGGCUAUCCACGAAACUCCACACUCUGGAAGGGAGUCCCCGCCCACCCGGAUGACAUCAUCAGCUGGGGGGAAGGAGACGCCUACUUCUUCAAGAACAACCUCUUUUGGGUUUUGAAGAGAGGAGGAAUGGACCAAGACAACGUCACUCCCAAGUCCAUCGCUGUAGACUGGCUCCAGUGUCCGGCUCCUGCCCCGACCCGCAGCCCAGCCGCUCCGAAACCCAGAGACUGCAGCUGUGCUUUGAACAGAUCAUCUGCCUUUCCGAAGAGCAGCGUCCUGCUCCUCUUGGCUGUUGUGUUGAUAAGCAGUGUGUUAACAAGAAAAUAGAGCUAAUGCAUUAUUUUCUU